AAUAAACCCAAAAACUUUCCAAAAUCGACAUUACACCCUCCCCUGAACCCAUCUUCUUCGUUUUGAAAACGAUAAUGGCGUCGACGAAGCAACAAGACUACGGCGUACCUUAUACACCUCUUCCUUCAUCACAACCCUCUCAAACCGUAAUCCUUCUAACACCUUACCGCCGUCACCGUCGUCCUUCAUUCCUCCGUAACCUCCGUUGCUCUCUUCUCUUCACCGCCGCAAUCCUCCUCCUCUCCGCCGCCGUUUACUUCCUUUAUCCUUCAGAUCCAGACAUCACUGUCACACGAAUCGAUCUUAACCACAUAAGCGUCCUCGAUUCGCAUAAAAUCGCUUUGGAUCUUUCGUUUUCGCUCACGAUCAAAGUUGAGAACCGUGAUUUCUUCUCGCUUGAUUACGAUUCGCUCGAUGUUUCGAUUGGGUACAGAGGAAGAGAGUUAGGUGUUGUGAAGUCUAAAGGUGGUCAUCUUCGUGCUCGUGAUAGCUCUUAUAUUGAUGCUACUCUUGAGCUUGAUGGUCUUGAGGUUGUUCAUGAUGUGAUUUAUUUGAUUAGUGAUUUGGCUAAAGGUGUUGUUCCUUUUGAUACGAUUGCUACUGUUAAAGGUGAUCUUGGUGUGCUCUUGUUUCAAAUCCCAAUUCAGGGUAAAGUGUCCUGUGAGGUGUAUGUUAAUGUUAGCAACCAGAAGAUUUCACACCAGGAUUGUCAUCGUAAGUGAAAUGAGAUCGUGAGCGUGGUGAGACAGGGAGAGACUGGUUACUGGAGUAAUGUUUUGUAAGUUUUUGUGUAUAGAUAAAUACUCUUAAUGUUAAACUGAAAGAUAACGCGAAAGACGAAGAAUUACUUACUCUCUGUAAAUUCCUUUCUUAAUUCCUCAAAUGAGUACAGUGUUUGCUUUUACUAUGAA